AUGGCUCUCCUGGUGGAUCGGCACGCAUGCAUCAACUUUCCGAUGCUGCGAGGGCACAAGGUUGGGGUUGAUAUGGGCAUGCUGAGCAGGUUGCUGGUGCCUCUACCGAGCCACAGGAGGCUCUUGGACAGCUUGGAGAAAUAUGUGUGGAGCAGGGAUGAAAAGGCCACGUACCCGGCCACCAUCGAGCCCAACGUGAGCUCUGCAUCCUUUGCCGUGAGGUUUCAUUCAACAUCCAACGAUGCAGAGAAGGUGCGACUGGACAUAUUGGAGCAAUGCAGAAAGAACCAAGUCGAGAAGAAGAAAGAAGUUGCGCAGAAACUUCAACAACACGAAGGGCUUAUUUCCUUGGCCGGAGCAAAGCAGAGCGAGGCCAAUGGCCUCUUUUGCCAAUAUACAAGGCGUUGGUGCAGCUACUACCAGCGCUACAACAACGAACAUGACAGCAGCUGCAGGAAGUGCUUGCUCCAAAGCGAAGCUUCCAAUCUCCAGCACGAAGCAGAGAACAUCAAAGUGACUUUCUAUGAGAAGCUUCUCCCUCAGUGUGAGGACAUGCAGCGGGCCAUCGUCUAUGACCUGCUUCUUCCGGAGAUGCUGGCGCUUCACCGUGAUGCCAUGUUCAUGUUGGCUCAGGUUUGUGUGCCACGAGACCUCACUCAGCGAGCCAAUGCAUCAUCAUGGAGGGAUGAUUAUGUUUUGAGUACUUGGCGUAAACACCUGGAGUUGAUCUCAGUUCUAGGCGCGACACGCCAGAAGUUUCAGUGCACCCAGCACAUACUGGAGCACACGACAUUCAUUGUGAACAACAAACGUGAUACAGUCCUCUUGCUUCACCAUCAGCCUGUGAAUGCUUCGUUGGUUUGGUGCGUGACAGAUCUCACAUUGCUAAAGACCAUGGAUGAGCCAUAUGUGUCGCUCCAACCUUUCAUUUUCUCCUGGGAGCAUGAUGAAAACAUGGUGAUCGCGGGCAAGUCAAGUGCGCAUCCAGCUCUCAACUUGCUUGAGUUUGAGGCAUAUGGUCAGCUGCGUGCAGGUAUUUCCCUUCAACUGCCGCGCUUGCUGCGUGCCAUUGAGCAGCGGACGUUAUCAUUUCAACGUCAGGGUGUGGUUGAUGUGUUGAAGGCAUUGUUGUGGCAAGCUGGGCCUCCAUCCAGGCAGAACAUUGCAUUGGAUGCUCUCGUGCCCAGAAUUGUAGCAGAGUCGGAUGACUGGCUCCGGAUGAAUUUGCAGAUUCUCAACACGGCUGACUUUGCUGAGAAGCUUUGCAAGCACAUGACCCGCCUCCUAAAGCAUUCAGAGGACAACUGGUCGAGCGACAAGGUCCUCCUAUGCAUCUGCCACAUUGCACGCUGCAUAGCCGAGCACUCACAAGCAGGCCGGGGCUCGGCUUUGCGAAACGUUUCGCAAGUGUAA